AUGGCGGCAUCAAUGCUGCUGGGAUUCUACGAGGUCAUGACCGCCGAUCACUUGAAGUGGAACAUGCAUUUGGCAGGCUCGAGGCAGUUGUUUGUGGAGACUGACUUCACCGGUAUGACUCGUGAAGUCCGACGUAUGAAGAUGGACAAGGCUGCUCGCCAAUUUCAUCAAGGAGACCAAAGCCAAUUCAGUCCAGGGGAGCCUUUAUCCCCAGAUGAUCUACUGGACCAGAUUCCUGACAUUGAUGAGACGCUCGUGAGCCAUUUCGUGGGUAAAGAAGUGCGAUAUGAUGAUCACGGUCGGAUCGAGCAUCACGGCGGCCUUCCACCGUCUGUGGAUUUGAACAAGUUUGAAAUCCUCAAAGACCUGUAUUGGUGGUACUGCAAGCAGGACGUAUACCAGAGUAUUGUCAGCGGGAACAAUUUGCUCAUGGAUUUCAGCAGAUGGUCUAACUGUCCGCCAAGAGCACCGCUCGGGAAGAUAGRCGCAGUCUACGGAACGUUUGACCACCUCGUUCUCUUACUCGGCCGAAUCGCAGACUUUUCCGCACGAGAUCGAGUCCGCAAGCUGAAACAGAUGGAGCUAAACGGUGGUCAUUGGCGGCCAGCUCCUGGAAUGAACAUCCCACGGCCGCCGCAGCCAUCUCCAUCACCUCCUGCAAACAUCCAACAGACAACGCCAAUGUUCUAUGGCAUGGCGCCUCCGCCGCGUCCGAAUGUACAAAUGCCUUCGUCCUACACGCCCAUGUACAACAGCAAUUCCACGCCGCAGACUUCCGGCCCAACGCAUUUGAUGGAGUAUGAUCUACACGCGGCUACCAAUAGUGCGCUGGAAGAGUAUGGUCGAAUACGAGCUGCYCUCCACACAUUUGCUACAAGCUUGGGUGAGACGUUCGAGCCUCUGACUUCCGAGUAUCAGGCUCCGUUAGACACUCCAUUUGGGCCAGCAAUUUUCUAUCGAUCGUACGAUAUUGGCUGUCUUUGGUCCAUCUACAACAUGGCCGUGAUCAUCGCCAUUCGAUCACACCCACACAUGCCGCCCGCGGCUCACAUGGCAGCCGCAGUAGCAGCGCAUGAAACCGCAUUCUUUGCGAACGAAAUUGGACGGAUCGCCGCGGGUAUUGCACCCGGACCUCCCGACGAACCUCUCAAUCCCAGUCWUGGUGCGACGCUGUGUGAAAGCUGCAUGCCUUCCUUCUUUGCAGCUGUGCAAUACCAGGACGCCCGACAACGUCACGAGACCGUAACGCGGAUAUUUAGUAUUGCGAGACGGACCGGGUGGGGUAGUGCAGAGCUCAUUGCGAAUGGAUGUGAGACUUCCUGGGUCAAGGCUGCGGCGAUGGGACGAGGACCACCGUAUCAGAGGAUUGCAAGGCCGUACUACAGCGAUGAUCCCAGAUUGAAUGGAAGCUGGGAGCAGCUUGAUCCAAAUGCGAUGCCUGAUAUCAAGGAUGAAAGGGAUCGCAGGUUGGUCAAGGUUAAUGAUAACGCGAGGCUCAAUUGGGCUAUUGGAGUGAUGGGGAUUGAGGACGAUGUGGAGGGUACACCUUCUCUUGGUGGGAUGAGACGGAUAUGA